AUGUCUAGGUACAAGAAAGCUUAUUUUGGUGUGGUUAUUGAUUCUGGGUUGACUUAUAACAUACAAACAAGUUUUGAGAUAGAAUGGUAUUUCUCUAUAAAGAUAAAAGAAUGGAAGGAAGAUAUGGUGGACAAAGAGAGAGUCACCUUGUUGAGAUGCUAUGGCAUUCCUUGUCAUGCGUGGAACGUUGCUUUCUUUGAUAUUCUAGCUAAAACGGUAGGAAUAUAUGUGUGUAUUGACGAUAAUACAUUGAAGAGGGAGUGUAAGAAUGUAGCCAUAAUCUUGGUGAGGACGCAUUGUGCGAUGGUGAUAAAUGAAACCUUUAAAGUCAUGAUCAACAAUGAGGUUUUCAACAUUAAGAUGUGUGAAGAUUAUCAUGGGCCAUUGCAUAUAGUUUAUAAUAAAACAGAUAGAAAAGUGAUUAAUGACAGUUCCUCUUCUGAGUCAGAUUGUAAUUGGAGUCAUUUAGGAGGGGAGGAGGAGUAUGUGGUAUGGGAUCAAGGAGGGUAUAGGGAGAACUUAGAUAUCGGUGUUUUGGAAAGAUCUUCUCCAGUUAGAUCGACGACGGAGGAGAAGUUGGCUUUGAUUUUUGGAGUAAUGAUGUAUCAGAAAAGAUGGCUAACUUUUCUGAGUAGAAAUUAG